AUGGACACAACGAUUCAGAUGGUGCCACAAAAGGCAAACUCUCGGAAAGUUCGUGGUUUCUCUGGAUUUGACUACCUCGGGCGUUUCACAACUGCCACUUUUGAGCUUGUGGCUGCUGCUACCUCGGCCUACGGAGACAAAUAUGAAUGGGGGAAACGCUUCGGACACAGAGUCAUGAUUAAAGUUACAGAGGAGAAUAGACCGUUCAUCGAAGUUGUCAGGGGAAAUUAUGAAGAGGAUGAAGACGAAGAACCGGACGAGAUUGUGGCUUUUAUGCUCCCUUAUCCAGGGUUCCCUCGAUGGGAAGACAGACUUACACAAGUUUCGGGAUUUUGCGAAGGUGCAGACUUCGCUAUCGUCAACUUCAUCCACCCCGGCCCUGAAAUCUCUCGCUUUAGAGAUACGCAGGAACCGAGAGCGUGGAUGUUUGAUUGUCACUUGAAUCCUCAGAUACCGGUUCCGCCAAAUCCACUUCACGACCGCCUCCUGACUAACACCGAGUUCUAUGAAGCACUGCAACAAGAGCGCUUUAGUAAGGAUUCUGAGAACGAAAUAAUUGGAAAUACUCGGCGAAUAUACAUAAGCAAUCCCAACGGGGUCAGUAUUCUGGCACUCCUGAAAAGAACGCCAGCUUCACAAGUUGAUGGCUUUCGCAAACUAUUUGCGAACUACCUAAAUCCCAGCCCAGUGCCUGAGCUAGGUUUGACGGAAACUCCCUUAGCUCUUCGAGGGCGAGACAAUAUAGACUUCUUAAACCUCAAGCCAACCACAGCACCAAUAAACCAACAACAGAGCUCGUGCGUCCCGGAUAACGCCGUUCUCCACGUCGCUGUCUUCUCGCUCAUGAUUACGGGUCGCAGUGAACAACAUUCAACCACAAUUUGUCUAGAUGAUGAGUUUUUUGACCAAGAGUCCCGACUAAUGAGCGAGGAAGAGGUCCUGAUAUUAGGCGGGCGUGAAGACCCAAUCACUCUCCAACCGGAGUUCAAGAGAGCCCGAUCCCCACGAGCGUACCUGCUCGUAGCUCUGGACAGACAACUCGAGCGGAUUGUUGAUUAUCAUGCGAACGCACAUGAUUGCCUAAAGAAUAGUAUCGAAAUUUACAUUGCUAUUCCCGAAGAUCGAUCUACUGCUAUGGACGAGUGGAUAAAGCGCUUUCCACUGAUUCUGAAUAAACUAGUUCACUUUAACUCAAGGCUGGCAGAAAAGGUUAGCCACUUCUUGACUGAUGAUGUUAUGGUUGGCUCAGAUGAAGUGCCUUAUGGACCAUUAUGGCAGGGCUUGCAGGCUGAACUCGGAGCCAUCAAAUCUUUACGUGCAAUUAAGCGUUAUUGCAUUCAGUUGAGGGAUAUCAACACUGGACUCGAGCAUCUCAGAGAGGCCUUUGAAGAUGUGAGACGCAAGAGGAAGAACGACUAUGCAGCUGAGCAGCAGACCAGAGAUCGUACAAUCGAGCAAGUUACGGUUGCAGCGUUUGCAAAGACGAUUCGUCCUCCUGGCCAGCGUACAUUGCCAUGGUGGUCAUCUUCAAUGCCAUCUGUAUCAGUGGAAUUUUGUGGUUUGUGUAUCGCUACAGAUCUCGAAGAGACAGAGCAGGAUGACGAGAUGUCACUACCAGUGUAUCGACGGUUGCCUCCACCCCAAGUCCUCAAAUUUACUCGGUUACACGACAAAACUACAGACUUUGGGGUGUAA